GCAUUUCCGGAAGUCUGCACUAGGUUCAUGCACUCAAAUUUAUCAACGAAACUUCUUGUUAUAUAGCGGCAACCAUCUUUCACAGAAUGUCUCACAAGAGAACCAUAUAUGAUGUCUGCUCCAGACCCUUGAAUUUGAAUAAAAUCUGAAUUGAAUUGAACCUUUGAGGCAUUUUGUAAACUGAAACAAAACAGUGAAAGAUGGCUUCUUCAACUAGGACAACAUCUUCCAGAUCACGAGCGAGUACGGCUAAGUCGGACCUGUUUCUACAACAAAAAAUUAAAAAGGAAACCGCAAAAAAGAAAAUUGAAUAUGUCCAGAAGGAAAGCGAACUUGUAUGCCAGAGGGCCAAAAUAGAAGCUGAUGCCCUGAUCCAAAAGGCUAAAAUAGAGACACAGUUAAUGCGAAUAAAAGCAGAAGAGGACACGGAAGUCGCAGAAAUUAGUAUGAAGAUUCUUGAGGAGGAGUUUCAAGAUAUAUGCAAUUGUUCUGAUAACGGAAGUGAAUUUGGUGACUGGAUUGCAUCACACACGAAGCGUUAUGUAGAAAACUCACACAUAGAAGCAGAUAGACUUUUGACACCAGAACCGGCUAUACCUCCAAUUAGAACGCCGUUCGUUGGAACGAGACCUGAAUUUCCGAACACGGUUACACCACCACCUUCCCCACCGACACCUGCUGCCCCACCAGACAGCAUACUGAACCCUUGUGCUCGACUCUUUGUUCCUGAGAAUUUUGUGUCACAAUCGAGUGCGUGUGAGCCGAAUAAGCAAAGCGGAAUCAACCAGGCUCUUAUGGAUAUGACAAACUUUUUGACCAAGAAAAGCUUCAUAUUGGAAAGAGUUAAACCAUUCGUUGGCGACUCGGAGUCUUACCUAGCAUGGAAAUCUACAUUCCAGGAAGUCAUGAAGGAAAUUGAUGCAUCCCCAUCUAUUGAACUGGACUUGAUGAUAAAAAAUCUUGAAGGAAAACCAUAUGAGCAAGUGAAGAGCAUAAAGAACUCAAAUACCGGUGACUCUACUUUGGGAGUACAGAAAGCGUGGGAAAGAUUGGAUUCGUUUUACGGCAGCCCAGAUCGUAUUGCACGAGCUUUGAAGAGAAAGUUAAGUGAUGUUUUGGAGAAAUUUGACUUCAACAACAGGCCUGACUACUUUUGUCUCUCAGACACACUGAAUGAAAUAAAUGCUGUCAAAGACAAUCCCAAGUACAGUAAGACAUUGAGUUAUUUUGACACAUCAGAUGGAGUCAAACCGGUGUUACUCAAACUUCCCAUACAUGUCCAGAACAAGUGGCGUGACAAGGCAAUACAAUACAAGAAAAACAAUGAUGUAGAGUAUCCACCGUUUUGUGUAUUUUGUACCUUCGUCCAAGAAAUGGCCUAUGUGAUGAAUGACCCAGGAUUUGACUUUGAAUGUAAACCGAUUCACUUAGCACCGAAGACAAAAUCGAACAAACAAUUUCACAGACAGACUGACACUUCCAACAAAACAGAUGUGUUACAAGACGAGAGUCAGGCAAAAGUGCGUUGUGCUGUCCACAAUUCUGCACACUCCACGAGUGACUGCAAUGUUUUCCGCACAAAGAGUAUCGGUGAAAAGAGGAACAUCUUAAGGAAACAUGGUCAGUGUUUUAAGUGUUGUGAUGGCAAACAUUUGUCUAAUGACUGCCGUGUGAAAGUGAAAUGUGACACUUGUGGUAGCAGACAUCAUUGCACUGCCAUGCAUUUUGACACAUCAAACAGACCCUCCCAGAAUCAUGGCGGGGAGAAACUAACAGUAACCGGUGAAAAACCAGCUUUUCAUCGUCAGACGGCUGAGACGACCACACACUUAAACGCAGCUUGUACAGAAAUUUGUGGGGAUUUCAGAGGCAAAUCAUGUGCUAAGAUUGUACUGGUCAGCAUUCACCAUAAGCACAGCGAACACCCACCGGUUAAUGUGUACGCCAUUCUUGACGAGCAGAGUAACAAGUCACUGGCAAAACCUGAACUUUUUGAAAUGUUUGACCCAAACAGUACUUGUGAAUCUUACAAACUCUCUACUUGCAGCGGAUCAUCUUUAGUCAGUGGCAGACGCUCUCAUGGCUUUGUGAUUAACUCGAUGGACAGACAAACUACUUUCAGUUUACCUACCUUAAUUGAAUGUAGUGCAAUACCGAACAAUCGUCAUGAAAUCCCAACUUGUGAUGUAGCCAUUCAUCACCCUCAUCUUGCUCAGAUAUCGAGCUUUAUUCCACCUAUGGACCAUACGGCAAAUAUAUCACUACUGAUUGGCAGGGAUCUCUUGGGCGCACAUUAUGUCCUUGACCAGAUAAGAGGUGAUCCCUCACAACCAUAUGCUCAACGGCUACCAUUAGGCUGGGUUGUCAUAGGAGAGACGUGCUUGGAUGGAAUCCAUACACCGAAAUCUGUUGAUGUUAUGAAAACCAUGUGCUCGAAUUCCGAACAACCAUCUCAAGGCAUCUGGAUACCAUGUGACCAAAAGAUGCACAUUACAGAAUGUAUUGAAAACCAGUCAGUGUUUAGAAGAACCACAACAGACAAUCAACCAUCAUUGUCAGUUGAGGACCGCUUAUUCUUGACUCAGAUGGUCAGUGAUAUGAAAAAGGACUCUUCGGGGCAUUGGAGUGCUCCAUUACCCUUUAAAAGGACACGACCUACUUUACCAAACAACCGACAACAAGCUUUGGAUCGAGCAGUCAGCCUUGACAAGAGUUUGAUGAAGAACCCUCUAAAGAAAACUCAUUUUCUUGAAUUCAUGAGGAACCUUUUUGAAGCCGGUCACAUCGAAUUGGAACCACAGCUCCCACCAAACACUGAGUGCUGGUACUUACCUUUGUUUGGGGUCUACCACCCCCAGAAGAGAGACAAAAUCCGUGGAGUUUUCGACUCUUCUGCGAAGUGCGACGGAGUAUUACUCAACGAUGUCCUAAUGACUGGACCAGAUUUAAUGAACAAUCUUAUUGGUGUGUUGCUAAGAUUCAGGAGAGAAUCUGUAGCAAUAGUUGCAGACAUCGAACAGAUGUUUUACAGUUUCUUAGUGGAUAUUGAACACAGACGUUACUUGAGAUUCAUUUGGCACAAAGAAAAUAACUUUGACGAACCUUUAGUUGACUACCAAAUGAAAGUACAUGUUUUUGGUAAUAGUCCCUCCCCUGCAGUGGCGACCUAUGGACUACGACGUCGUACGGCUGAUGAAGCAGCAGCACAGUAUGGCUCGGAUAUGAGGGAGUUCGUGCAUCGCAAUUUCUACGUGGAAGAUGCUCUUUCCUCUCAUUCAUCUGCAGAGGACGAAAUUGACCUACUUAAGCGCACACAGAAGGCUUUGAUGGAACAUGGCUGCUUGAGACUACAUAAGAUAGCAUCCAAUUCUGGUGAGGUUUUAGCAGCCUUCAGUUCUCAGGAUCUAGCAAAGGACCUGAAAGACACAGAACUCUGGGCAGAUGACCUACCAACACAGAGAAGUUUAGGCAUCUGUUGGAACCUUCAACAUGACUACUUCACAUUCAAAGUAAACAUGGAGGACAAACCAUUCACAAGACGUGGCGUCCUUUCCUCCAUCAACAGUCUCUUUGAUCCACUUGGUUUUGUUGCGCCAGUGACGAUUGCUGGAAAGGCUAUUCUACGUGAAGCCAUGACAAGUGGAUUAGACUGGGAUGAACCUUUGCCGCCUGACUUUCUCCAAAAGUGGACCAUUUGGAAAUCAUCCUUGAAGGACUUAGAACAUUUGCAGAUUCCACGUACCUUUAGUGAGAUGUCUGUUAGUAAAGCAAAUUACAAGGAAUUACUGAUAUUCUCGGACGCUUCCACUAUGGCCAUUGCAGCUGUCGCGUUCCUUAGACAAGUUUCUGACACAGGGAAGGAACAGCUUGGGUUCAUCAUGGGGAAAGCUAAACUGGCACCUAAGCAUGGUCACACUGUGCCGAGACUGGAAUUGUGCGCGGCUGUCAUGGCAACUGCACUAUAUGAACUUAUCGCUGCAGAGAUUGACACCAACCUUGACUCAGAUUUUUUACAGACAGUAAAGUAG